UUCUCCAACUUCCUCACACGCGACGUGAUGGACUUCAAGCGCGAAGAAGAUGGCCCCAGCGCUGAGGAGACGGAGCUGGGCACCGUUCUCACUACCAAUCCCGAAUACAAUCUCACUCAUGGCCAGAAUCAGCUCGAGCGCGGCCUCAAGAGUCGUCACAUUCAAUUUCUGGCUUUGGGUGGUGCCAUUGGAACCGGUCUCUUCGUGGGCUCAGGUGGUAUUCUCGCCGACACUGGCCCCGCGCCCCUCUUCAUGGCCUACCUCUCCAUGAUGGGUGUCGUCUGGUGUGUCAUGAACAACCUCGCUGAGAUGGUCACCUACCUGCCCAUGAAGGGUAUCUCCGUUCCCUACUUCGUAGACCGUUUCGUAGACCCCAGUCUGUCGUUUGCCGCUGGCUGGAACUACUGGUACGCAUAUGCCAUGUUGGUCGCCGCCGAGGCUAGCGCUGCUGCAAUCGUACUCGACUACUGGAAUGCCCCCGUCAACGUCGCCGUCUGGAUCACCAUGGUCCUCUUCAUCAUCCUGCUGCUCAACGUGAUCGCCGUCUCCUUCUUCGGAGAAGCCGAGUUCUGGUUCGCCAGUAUCAAGCUCAUCACCAUCCUCGGUCUCAUCAUACUCGGCAUCGUCCUCUUCUUCGGCGGCGGGCCCAAUCACGACCGACUCGGGUUUAGAUACUGGAAGAAUCCGGGAGCCUUCAAACAAUACAUGUCGCCCAAUGAAACGGGCAAGUUUCUGGCCUACUGGCACGCCUUCGUCAAGGCCGGAUUCGCCUUCAUCACCUCCCCUGAAUUGAUCGCCAUCGCCGCGGGUGAGACCGUCGACCCGCGCCGCAACAUCCCCAAGGCCGCCAAGCGCUUCGUGUGGCGUCUCGCGAUCUUCUACGGCUUCGCAUCCCUCAUCAUCGGUAUUAUCGUGAGCUCCGACGACAAGCGUCUAGGCGGUGCCGGUAACGCGGCCGCGAGUCCCUUCGUCAUUGGCAUCCAAGCGGCUGGCAUCAAGGGCCUCAACCACGCCAUCAACGCUGCCAUCCUGACAUCCGCCUGGUCGGCGGGUAACUCCUUCCUGUACUCCGGGUCGCGUGUGUUGUAUUCCAUGUCCCUGACCGGCCAGGCACCCAAGUUCUUCAACCGCACCAACAAGCACGGUGUCCCAUACGUCGCGGUGCUCUUCACAUGGAUGUUCUCGCUGCUGGCAUACCUCAACGUGUCCAACACGGGCACCACGGUGUUCAACUGGUUCGUCAACAUCAGCACAAUCUCUGGCUUCAUCGCCUGGAUCGUCGUCAUGAUCACGUACCUGCGCUUCCGCGCCGCGUUCGAGUACCACGGCCUGCUGCACACCCUCCCUUACCGCACGCCAUUCCAACCCUACGCGACAUACGUUGUGCUCUUCAUCGUCUCGCUCCUGACCAUCACCAACGGCUUCCAGAUCUUCUGGCCUGGCAAGUUCAACGUCUCCGACUUCCUCGCCGCGUACAUCACGCUUCCCAUCUUCCUGGUGCUGUACGUCGGACACAAGAUCUGGUUCCGCACGCCCUUCGCCAUCCCCAUCCCGGAGAUCGACAUCAUCACUGGCAAGAAGGAGAUGGAUGAGCUUGCCGAACUAGAGAUCAGGCGCAUACCGAAGAACUUCCUCCAGCGGGCGUGGUUCUGGCUUGCCUAGACGUGGUUUAGAAGGAGAUGAGAGAUGUGGAAUGUGGAAUGUGGAACGAAUGGGAGGUUCAUAUAUUUAUCCAAGUUUAUAGACCAGUAUGCUAUUUAUUAAGCCAAUUUGGCCUUUGUCAAUCCUGUCGCACUGCGCCCUGAGAACUACAAGUCUCAUAUGUGUAGAGUCACGUGUGUUCCUGCUCUAGAAGCCACCCGGCUUCC